AUGUCAACAAGACGGCUCCCGAUAUCACGUUGCCAUUGGAAUACGAGGCAACAAGCGACACACAUACCGACCUGGACUGGAGACGAACUACAGCCAGAAGGAGACGAACGACAGCCAGGAGACGACGGGAUACUAAUAUUGUUGACGGACAGAGACGAAACGGAGGGAGAGGAAGGCUCACCAUUGCUCCGUAAGGGGAAGUACCUGAACAGAUAUAAGAGAUUUGAAGUUGACACAAUGAUAUUGGGUGACAGAUUACAUGUUGUGACCAUUAUAACUGCGAUCUAUGUUCCGGUGUCCUUUAUCAUAACAUAUACAAUCGCAGUAUCCAAUGGUCAUGUGGAGGCCGGCUUCCCCUAUAUAAGUGAUACCGGCACACUUCCUCCUGAGAGCUGCAUUUUCGGUCAACUGCUCAAUUUCGGCGCACUUAUAGCUGCCUGGAAUGUGUACAUUCGGUACAAACAGAUAAAGGCCACUUACGAAUCCUUUGACAGGCCGGGUAUAUUACGGGCUAACACAAUCUCAUUUGUUCUCGGUCUUUUAACAGCCACCGGAGUUAGCAUUGUCGGCAAUUUCCAGGAAACAAAUGUUAUAGUUGUACACAUCAUUGGUGCAUUCAUGGCUUUUGGUAUCGGCGGACUCUACUGUUUCGUUCAAACCGGCAUGUCAUUCAAAAUGCCGGAACUUCCGGGAGCGACCCCGUUUAUCAAAAAAAUUCGGGUUCUUCUUUGUGUGCUGGAUAUAAUAUUUUUCAUUCUCACCUUUUCAGGGUCAGAAUCUACCGGUAUUGGUAAUCAUAUAUAUCACAUGAAGUGGAAACCAACCGAAAAGGGGUAUGCUGAACACUUGGUGGCAACGAUAUCUGAAUGGUUAAUGGCCAUUUUCAUAGUGAUGUACUUUGUGACAUUCUACAAAGAGUUCAACAAGUUCAGAUUGACAUCUCCACAAGUCGUAUUUGAUAUAAAACCUGACAUUGGCGACAAUCAAUUUAACAAUAACAGUAAUGGAGAAAGAACAAAUGGAACUGAAUUCGUGCUCCCUAAUAACAGCAACAUAAAAGGUACAGGUGUGGGAUCACUUCCGUGA